ACCGUAACCCAAAGCCAAACCCCCCGAACCCUAGCUCGGCUGCGGCUGAUUCCUCCCCGGCAGCUCUUCUCCCAAAUCCUCUCCUCCGCCGAUCCCUCGUGCUCCAUCGGAAGCAACAGGAGAGAGAGGAAGAUGUCGUCGCUGCGGAACGCGAUUCCGCGGCGGGCUCACAAGGAGCGUGCACAGCCGGAGGCGAGGAAGAAGUUUGGGAUUCUUGAGAAGCACAAGGACUAUGUCGUCCGGGCGACAGCUUACCACCGCAAGGAGAAAAUUAUCGCGAAACUGAGGGAGAAGGCAGCAUUCAGGAAUCCAGAUGAGUUCUACUUUAAGAUGAUCAACAAUAGGACUGUUGGUGGAGUUCAUAGGCCAAAGCCUGAAGAUAAUAAGUAUACCGAAGAGGAACUUCUAUUGUUGAAAAAUAAAGAUAUGGGAUAUAUCUUUCAGAGUAUUCAAAGUGAAAAAAAGAAAAUCGAGAAGUUAAGCUCAACACUUCAUGAAUUGGAUACCAAGCGUCCAAACAAGCAUGUUUAUUUUGCUGAAGACAGAGAAGAAGCCAAAGAAAUACGAUCCAGGAUAGGAGAAAGCAGCAACAUGCCUAGUUUUGACAACAUCCCUUCUCGUAUAAAGAAGAAAACAGCUUCUUCAUACAGGGAGUUAGAUGAGAGGAAGCAGAGGCUUCAAAAGCUUGAGAAAUUGUAUGGAGACAUGGCCUUGCAAAAAGAAUUGAAGAAACCUGGACACAAGAGGAAACUCCGUGAAGAUGAGACAGUGAAUCCAACAUCACAGCCUGUUUAUAAGUGGCGAGCACAAAGGAAGCGGUGAGAUGAUAUGAAUGAUUGACAAAGGGAGAAAAAGUGAAGUACUGCAACUGGCGGUAAAAUGGAAACUAAAACACUUGGAAACUGGCGGUUGGACAGCUCUUCUUGAAUCCUAAAAUACUUGCCUGUAUUCUUAGCCCUCUGCAAGAGCUACUAGAUCUCUUUGUUAAAUUGUCGGGCAAACAGAAGUAGGAUAUGCUGUAAGAGUAACUUUGAUAUAUAUGAGGAAUUGGAUUCUGUAUGGUUCAAUUCAAUGGGCCAUGUCUUCAUUCAUUGUUCUUUA